AUGGGUCUCAGAAAUAAGAAAGAUGCAGUCUCGAGUUUUGUGCUGAGAGCUCAAAUGCUAAUAUUUUUAAGCAUUUCAGCAUGAUUAGUUCACCAUCGCUAUCAUAAAGAUCCUCUUGAAAAGAAGUCAGCUAGAUAUGAGGCAGAAGAUAUCUCUGUUUUCAAUCUAAUUAGGAGUCAAAUUAUUAUGUCUGUGAACAACAUGUUUAGAAAGCCUCCAAAUGAGCCUAAGAAGCCUGAAUAA